CUUCCCACUACUCACGAAAUUGUCCUGAAGGACCAUAUGAAAGUCGUUUCUGCCCUUACGUUAGACCCUUCAGGCGCAAGGAUAUUGUCUGGCUCGCAUGAUUAUGAUUGUAAGUUAUGGGACUUCGGUGGAAUGGACAUGAGAUGCAAACCUUUCAAGACCUGGGAGCCUGCUGGAAGUUAUCACAUCCAUGAUCUCAAAUAUUCGAACGAUGGCCAAAAGUUUCUCGUUAUAACAGGAACUACUCAAGCUAGGCUGUAUGAUAGAGAUGGGGAAGAAGAGGCUACUUUUAUCAAGGGUGACCCUUAUAUCCGUGAUAUGAAGCAUACAUCGGGUCAUGUUGGGGAGCUGUCCUCCUGUGCCUGGCAUCCCAAGGAUUCGAAGAUUUUUAUUACUAGCUCUGCAGAUUCUACCAUCCGGAUAUGGGAUGUAGAAAAUAAACGCAAGCAAAAAACUGUUAUUGUCGUCAAAUCUAAAGAUCGGGGGGCUCGAACCAAAGUAACAGCAUGUGCCUACUCGCCAGAUGGGCGUACAAUUGCUGGAGCUUGUCUGGACGGAGCAUUGCAUAUGUGGCAAACCAACUCGAACUUCGUGAGACCAAACCUAUCGAUUGAAGGAGCCCAUACCAAAGGAACUGAAACCGGGUCAGUUAUCUUUGGUGUUGAUGGCCGUACCGUGCUUACACGAGGAGGGGAUGACACUGUGAAAUUAUGGGAUCUACGUUCAUUCAAGAAGCCACUAGCGACACAUUCAGGCCUAGCAACGUUGUACCCGACCACUAAUGCGAUCUUUAGUCCAGAUAGUAAAUAUGUGGUAACAGGGGCUGCUGCGACGUCAAAAGGAGGCAAUGGCAAGCUCAUGUUCUUGGAUAAGAAUACUUUGGAAGCGGUGAAGACGCUGGAGGUGGGUUCGACGCCGGUCAAGGUAUUUUGGCACUCAAAGAUCAAUCAGAUUGUGACCGGUUUAUCGAGCGGGCAAAUAUGUGUGUUGUAUUCGCCGUUAACGUCGACGAACGGAGCGAAGCUGUUGAUGAAUAAGGGUCCGCCGAGGAAAGUGACAAUUGAGGAUAUGUCAGACGCAUUGGCAGCGCCGUCGAUUGUGACACCACACGCAUUACCGAUGUUCCGGGAGGGCGAUGGCAUUGUCAAGACUUUGAAGAGAAAACGGGACAAGGACAGGAUGGAUCCUCGCAAGAGCAGGAGGCCGGAACUGCCUGUGACGGGGCCGGGGCGAGGCGGAAGGGUUGGAGCGAGUGCAACACAGCACGUUGUUCAGAAUCUUGUGCGGGACACUACGCGAGACGAAGACCCUCGAGAAGCACUACUCAAAUAUGCGACCAAGGCAACAGAGGAUCCCCAAUGGACAGCAGCAUGGCAAGUGAACCAGCCGAAACCCGUGUUUGCAGCGGUCGAAGAAGAAGAAAACGAAGAGCAGGACAAGGAGAUCCGGCUCUUCACUCGAUUCUUACUUUCGCAUUUCACCCAUCUUACCGUGACUUGUCACACUAUGAGUCUCGCGCAAGACCCCGUUCCCGAUGCUCACGACGACCAUGACCCUUCCACCCCCGCCAAUGGCGUCGAUGAAAAACUUGCCCCCCCGUCUCCACCGUCAUCCGUCGUCACCCCCAACGUUGAUCCCGACCUUGACAUCGACCUUCCCGAACAGGAGAAAGACGCGCGACAUAAUUCUCAGCCCCCCAAAGAAGAUUCUGAUGAAGACAAGAUGGAAGACGUGUCGCCCCGCAUUAACGGGAUCAAUGGCAAUUCAGAUCAUGUCAAUGGCGACGAUGUCAAGAUGGAGGUCGACGCGCCGACGAGCCCCAACUUUCCCGAGACUUCCUCAGCGACCAAGGUCGCGUCAAACGGCGCCUCGACAUCUUUCACGGCGACCAGAGAUCAUUUCGAUGAAGACGACGAUGAUAGGCCUCCACCAGCGAAGAGGGCUAGGGUUCACUCAGAUGCAGACAAAGCUUCUCUGGCACAUUCAGCAACCCCACCUCCAGCGUCAACCACCACCGUUGCUUCUCACAGCUCUACUCCCGUGCCUUCGACGCCGCUUCCAACAACUUCUCUCACGCUAUCGCAGUAUCGAUUUUGCAACAAUUCCGUCAAAUCUUUGAAGAAGCUUAAAGAUGCCGCCCCUUUUUUGCGUCCCGUUGACCCUGUUGCUCUCAAUGUCCCCCACUAUCCUACCAUUAUCAAGACACCAAUGGAUUUGGGAACCAUCGAGCGCAAAGUAGCCGCUUCUAACCCUCAGAAGCCUGAUCCCAACUCUUCUAACCCACGAUACUCAACUCCGGAUGAAUUUGUGGCUGAUGUUCGUCUCGUCUUCGAGAACUGUUACAAGUUUAAUGGACCAGAACAUACCAUCUCUGCUAUGGGUAGGCGGGUAGAGGAAGUCUUUGAGAGGCAGGUCAAGAACAUGCCAACGGCAAUCGAGGCCAAACCUCCUGUGGUCAAAAAAGUGGCAACACCACCACCACCACCUCCACCUCCCGUGGCAGUUAAGAAAGCGCAACCUGUUCGUCGAGCAUCGACCUCUGUUCCUGUUAUACGGCGCAAUGAUAAUGAAGCUGUUGGUCGUCCAAAGAGAGAGAUACACCCCCCGCCGCCGAAGGAUCUGCCCUAUGCAGAUAUUCCCAAAAAGCACCGUAAAGCACGACGCGUAAAAGAUGACGGGACUGCUGAGCAACUGAGGUUCUGCAGCAAAAUUUUGCAGGAUUUGAGUCGAAAACAACAUUGGGACAUUGCUAGUCCGUUCUAUGAACCUGUUGAUUGGGUUAACCUUGACCUUCCAACGUAUCCAAAGAUCGUCAAAAAGCCCAUGGAUAUGUCUACGAUGCGCAAAAAGUUGGACAAUGGCGACUAUCCGAAUGCCCAAAAGUUUUGCGACGACUUUAAGCUCAUGAUCCGCAACUGUUUCGCUUUCAAUCCUCAAGGAACACCGGUGAACACAGCCGGCAUAGAGCUUCAGCGGCUUUUCGACUCGAAAUGGAAAGCAUUGCCUCCUCUUCAUGAAAUAAGCGAGGAGGAGGAGGACGAAGAAGAUCUAAGUGAUGACGAGCAUUCUCGCGCCAUCGCUGCGCUCGAGGACCAGAUGAGAACAAUGAAUGAUAAUUUGACGGCACUCAAGAACCUCAAGGCGAACAAGGAUAAGAAGAAACCGAAGAAAGAGAAACCUCCCCACCCAUCGACGUCCAAACCCAGCAAACCCAAGUCCCUCCCUCCUCAGAAGAACGGCAAGAAAUCCGGAAAGAAGGCAGGCGUCGCCGAAAAUGAUUUCCUCACCUUUGAUCAGAAGAAGGAUCUGAGCGAGGCCAUUCAGGGCUUGGAUGGAGCGAAACUGGAGCGGGUAAUCAAGAUCAUUCAUGAAGGUGUCCCCGAAAUUCGAGACAGCACUGAGGAGAUCGAGCUUGAAAUUGAUUUACUUCCACCUCCGGUUUUGACCAAGUUGUAUAACUUCGUCAUUCGACCAUUACGUGCUCCUCCGGUUAAACGAAACCGGCAUGGCAAGGGCACCGGGACGGGUGGUUUGAACAGAAAGAGCAUGGACGAAGAUGUGGAGGCCGAAAAGAUUCGACAGCUGGAGCAGCGUAUGGCGCUGUUUGAGGGUGCCAGUGGCGCCGCUCCACCAGCGCCAAAAGCCAUGGACAGCGAGUCAGACUCUAGCUCGGCAUCAGACAGCUCUGGAAGCGAUUCAGAGUGA